AUGUCCUUAAUCAUUGUCAGUCAGAGGAAAGAAACUGCACUUAGUAUAUUUGCUUGUUUUGAACUGAUGGUGCGUCUUCCAGUUACUGUAACAGUGGAUUUGUCGGAGAAGCUUUGCACCAUUGCACUGUUUGUUCCAAACUACGAUGUCGUAGCAUGCAUGAAUAGAGGAAAGCUUCAGGCUCGAAUUGCUCACAGGAUCCAGGAACUGGAGAACUUGCCUGGUUCUCUGCCCCCUGAUCUGCGAACCAAGGCUACGGUGGAGUUGAAGGCACUUAGGUUACUGAAUUUCCAGCGCCAGCUAAGACAAGAAGUUGUAGCCUGCAUGCGCCGUGACACAACACUGGAGACAGCACUGAACUCCAAAGCCUAUAAACGAAGCAAGCGGCAGACUUUGAGGGAGGCCCGUAUGACGGAAAAGCUUGAGAAACAGCAGAAGAUAGAACAGGAGAGGAAGCGUAGGCAGAAGCAUCAGGAAUACCUGAACAGCAUAUUGCAGCAUGCUAAAGAUUUUAAAGAGUACCACCGGUCAGUCGCUGGGAAAAUUCAGAAACUUUCUAAAGCUGUGGCAACUUGGCAUGCCAACACUGAGCGUGAGCAGAAAAAAGAAACUGAGAGAAUUGAGAAAGAAAGAAUGAGGAGACUAAUGGCUGAAGAUGAAGAAGGCUACCGUAAGCUGAUAGACCAGAAGAAAGACAGACGCCUGGCUUACCUAUUGCAGCAGACAGAUGAGUAUGUGGCUAACUUGACUAACCUGGUAUGGGAGCAUAAACAGGCACAAGCAGCCAAAGAGAAGAAGAAGAGAAGGAGAAGAAAGAAGAAGGCUGAAGAAAAUGCAGAAGGAAUGGCAUCUGGUCUUGGUCCUGAUGGAGAGCCCAUAGAUGAGAGCAGCCAGAUGAGUGACCUUCCAGUCAAAGUGACUCACACAGAAACAGGCAAAGUUCUUCUUGGACCAGAAGCACCAAAAGCAAGUCAGCUGGAUGCUUGGCUGGAAAUGAAUCCUGGCUAUGAAGUUGCUCCCAGGUCAGACAGUGAAGAUGAAAGUGGCUCUGAAUAUGAGGAGGAGGAUGAUGAAGAAGAAUCAAGCAGGUUAGAAGCAGAUGAGAAGAUACUCCUGGAUCCUAACAGUGAGGAAGUUUCUGAGAAAGAUGCAAAGCAAAUAAUUGAGACAGCCAAACAAGAUGUGGAUGAUGAAUAUAGCAUGCAGUACAGUGCUAGAGGGUCUCAGUCCUACUACACUGUUGCUCACGCAAUCACAGAAAGGGUGGAAAAGCAGUCUUCUCUUCUGAUUAAUGGCACACUAAAACAUUAUCAGCUCCAGGGACUGGAGUGGAUGGUUUCACUCUAUAAUAACAAUCUGAAUGGAAUUUUAGCUGAUGAAAUGGGACUAGGAAAGACUAUACAGACUAUUGCACUCAUCACUUACCUGAUGGAGCACAAAAGACUCAAUGGCCCCUAUCUCAUCAUUGUUCCCCUUUCGACUUUAUCCAAUUGGACAUACGAAUUUGACAAAUGGGCUCCUUCUGUGGUGAAGAUAUCUUACAAGGGUACACCUGCAAUGCGCCGCUCACUUGUUCCUCAGCUUCGAAGUGGAAAAUUUAAUGUUCUUUUAACUACUUAUGAGUACAUAAUAAAGGACAAACAUAUCCUUGCUAAGAUUCGUUGGAAAUACAUGAUAGUAGAUGAAGGCCAUCGGAUGAAGAACCAUCACUGCAAGCUGACUCAGGUCUUGAAUACUCACUAUGACAUUAUCGAAUAUACUGAGUUGCCUUGUAGUGAUUUUAUGAACUUCUGUAGGUGGACUCUGCUGAGAAGAUUGAAGAAAGAGGUUGAGUCUCAACUGCCAGAAAAGGUGGAAUAUGUGAUCAAAUGUGAUAUGUCAGCUCUUCAGAAAAUCUUGUACCGUCACAUGCAAGCCAAGGGGAUCCUUCUCACAGAUGGUUCUGAAAAAGACAAGAAGGGAAAAGGUGGGGCGAAAACUCUUAUGAAUACUAUCAUGCAAUUGAGAAAGAUAUGCAAUCACCCUUACAUGUUUCAACACAUUGAGGAGUCCUUUGCUGAACAUUUAGGCUACUCAAAUGGCGUCAUCAAUGGAGCCGAACUUUAUCGGGCCUCAGGGAAGUUUGAGCUACUCGAUCGUAUUCUACCAAAGUUACGAGCUACUAACCAUCGUGUGCUUCUUUUCUGUCAAAUGACAUCACUCAUGACCAUUAUGGAAGACUACUUUGCCUUUCGAAAUUUCCUUUACCUGCGUCUCGAUGGCACAACAAAAUCAGAGGAUCGAGCUGCUCUGUUGAAGAAGUUCAAUGAACCUGGGUCACAAUACUUUAUCUUCUUGCUGAGUACAAGAGCUGGAGGACUAGGCUUAAAUCUGCAGGCUGCUGACACAGUUAUAAUCUUUGAUAGUGACUGGAAUCCUCACCAGGACUUGCAGGCCCAAGACAGAGCUCACCGAAUUGGUCAGCAGAACGAAGUUCGAGUCCUGCGACUGUGCACUGUCAACAGUGUGGAAGAGAAGAUACUUGCCGCUGCAAAGUAUAAGCUGAACGUCGAUCAAAAAGUUAUUCAGGCCGGAAUGUUUGAUCAGAAGUCUUCAAGCCACGAAAGGAGAGCCUUCCUGCAGGCCAUAUUGGAGCAUGAAGAAGAAAAUGAGGAGGAAGAUGAAGUUCCUGAUGAUGAGACACUGAAUCAGAUGAUUGCUCGACGUGAGGAGGAAUUUGACCUCUUUAUGCGGAUGGACAUGGACCGUCGCAGAGAGGAUGCCAGAAACCCCAAGCGUAAACCCCGCUUGAUGGAGGAGGACGAAUUACCAUCCUGGAUUAUUAAGGAUGAUGCUGAAGUUGAAAGGCUUACGUGUGAAGAAGAAGAAGAGAAAAUAUUUGGAAGAGGAUCCCGUCAGCGCAGGGAUGUGGACUACAGUGAUGCUCUUACGGAGAAACAGUGGCUGCGG